UAGAUCUUGCAAAAUGGGAGGAAAGUUAACAGACAAAGAUAUGGAUCAGCUAGAACAAUGGAUAGGUACAGGUCCUAAAACAUUUACACUUCUCUACGCAAUUACGAGAGAUGGAUGUAAUGCUACAACGUUCCACCAGAAAUGUGACAACCAGGGACCUACAGUCACAGUGCUGUAUAAUCAACAAGGAUCAGUGUAUGGUGGUUAUGCUCCCGUCAGCUGGAACAGUACUAACCAGUAUAUCAACAACACUUCCGCUUUCCUGUAUCAGCUACGAUUUAGUGGAAAUGAGAAAACUACAAAAUUUCCAAUAAAAUCAUCACAUUAUCAGUAUGCUCUCUACUUUCAUCCAUCUUACGGUCCAACAUUUGGUUAUGGCCAUGACUUAAACACUUUUACAAUCACAGUGAACAGCUCGGGCACUUACUUUGCUCUAAAUGGUGGCCUAAGCAUUGGAAAUACUUACGACAACAAGGGUUUAACUGCAAACGAUAUCAAUAAUGGCAAUUUGAACGUCACGGAGCUAGAGGUCUACAAAGUUGACUAUGGGACAAGACCAAGCAAAGUCAAGAAGGAGGACACGAAACCAUGGCGAAUGACUAAAAGCUGGAAUGAACAGUUUCUGAACGAGCUAACAGAAGAAAUUGUUUCCUUCAAACCAAUCCCUGACCUAAAGGUGAAAGAUGCCCGUAUUUUAAUUAUUGGUCCUGUUGGUGCCGGGAAGUCGAGUUUUUUCAACUCUAUCAAUUCGAUAUUUCAAGGUCGAAUUACACAGAAGGCAUGUAGUGGUAGCGCCGAACAGAGUUUGACAACUGCCUACACCCCAUACAAGGUAAAAGUCAGGUCAGGGGCGCCACUUAAUUUCCGAUUAUGUGACACACGUGGUUUAGAAGAGUCGCAGGGUCUAGAUGUUCUCGAGUGUAACUAUCUGCUUGAUGGUAACAUUCCAAACUACUAUCAGUUCAACACAAACACCCAAAUAACACCUAAAACCCCUGGUUUCAAGGCAAAUCCUACUGAUAACGACGUAAUACAUUGUGCAGUAUUCGUUUUGGACGCAACCACGUUAGAAGUAUUGUCUUCAAAGAUAAUAGAGAAAAUGAAAGGAUUCCAAAAUCUGAUGAAUCAGAAAGGAAUCCCGCAAAUCAUUUUACUUACAAAGAUAGACAAACUCUGUAAAGAAGUUGAGCAAGAUGUGUCAUUGGUAUUCAAUAGCCCGGAAGUGCAGCAACACGUGGAUAAAGCCUCACAAAUUCUCGGACUUCCUCGUGCAAAUGUACUUCCGGUGAAAAAUUACGAGAAUGAGCUAGAGCUUCAUGACAACAACAGUAUCCUCCAAUUGCUGGCACUGCGGCAGAUGUUAAACUUUGCACAAGAUUUUCUAGAUCAUCUGUUGGACAAAAAAGAUGAUGAACAAACAGAAAUGGAAAAGCUAAAACUUGAUCAGUAAUGGACAGAGAUUAAACACAACAUGAUAUAUAAAGACAUAAAUUAAAUUAGAUUUUUAGAGUUAUUACUAUAACUAGACUGUCGCAUUAUAUAUAAUGUAUAUUUUGCUUCCUAAUUAUCCUUUUCAUUUGUCCAACUCUGUGUAUAUACAUGCAAAUUAUUUUUUCAUAAUCUUUGUUGUUGUUUUGCAGUUAUAUUGUGCUACUAUACUAUAUAUAUGAUUUAUUUUAUACUAAUGGUAUGUUAUAUGCAGUGUUUAACCAUAAAGUUAACCAAUCGAAUAGUUGUUUUGGUGCACUAAAUGAUAUAGAUAAGCAUAUUGUGACAUUGUUAAUUAGAUGGUCAGCAUUCCAAGGCUAAAACUUGACUUGGUCAUCUUUUAGUCUCACAGGUACGGUUUAAUUAAACAAUUAAAGUGACAUUAUGCUCGUACUUUCAUUGUGAAGUAAAGCUGACUUAACAAUAUAUAAUUCAUAUAUUUUAUAAGUAUUUCAAAAGAUGAUGAUAAUCAGUUGGUAUUAACAAAGUUUUAGGAUAAAUCAUAUUAAAUCUGCCUAGAAUAUAAAAGAACUGUCCCGCUCUUUUAUUAAUUGAACGUUACUCCGAUGGAUAUUUAUGGCCAUGUGAGUUAUUUAUCGUUCGAGUGAAGUAAAAGGAAUUAUGUAAAAAGUUGAUCACUAUAUAAUCUUUGGAUGGACAUAAUGUCACUUUAAAUUGAAUAUUUCUUGAUAAUUAGGAACAUUAGAUUUUGUUAUAUGCUAAUAAAAUCUUUGUAGGACUGUAUAGAUAUUCAAUACAUUGAUUGAAAACUA